AUGGCCGGCCUUGCUCAUGCUGACGUGCCACCUUCCAUAGCGUCCGCUGUACUCGAACAGCCACCACCUCCCUCAAUAGUCGAACCGAAACCCGAAACUCCCGAACCAGAGCCCGUUUCUGCUGUUCCAGUUCCUGCUGUCACCAAUGGCGUUGCCAAAGCCGAGAGUGAGAGCGAACUCUCCGAGCCGGAAGAUCCUCCCGCCGAGCCAGCCUCGUCGCGCCCGACCCUCUCGGACAGCGAAGAAGAUGCUGCUGGCGAUGAUGAUUACGAAAUGGCCGAGCCAGUCCUCUCCGACCACGAUAUCGACGGCCCAGGCUCAUCUUCAGACGACUCUAUCCGUCCUGCCAAGCGGAAAGCGCAGGCAGUGGACGAGGACGAAGAUCAUAUCAGGAGUAACCCUGAUCUAUAUGGACUUCGUCGUAGCGGUCGUGCUAGUGCUAGACACCCUGCCACAAUGGCGGACUCUUCCACGGAGGACGAAGACUCUGACCUACCUAGGCGUCCACGAAAACGGCUUCGUCAGGUAUCACAUCGAUCAUCCAAACAAGCCACCCCUCAACUCCCUUCACUGUCCGACGAGGACUCUGAUGCCGAUGCAUACGGUGGGAAACGUGCGAAGCUGUCUAAGAAAGCGAAGCAACGUUUCCUCUCGGCGGGCAGCACCCCCGCGCACGGCGAGAUCCGCUUCUCUACUCGUCGUGCUGGCAAAGUCAUGAGUUAUAAUGAUGACGAAGAUGAUGACAUGUUUGACGAAGACGACCCCAAUCAGCUCACUCCUGCAUAUUACAUCGAAGAGGAGGACAACUCGCCAGCCAUCGACAUCGUCCUCAACCAUCGCCUCCGUGCUGACGUCACAUCACCAUCAACCAAGAAAGAAGACUUCGAGUUUCUCAUCAAGUGGCAGAGGAGAGCCUACUAUCACGCAACAUGGGAAAGUCAUGACAGCCUCGCUAACGUCAAAAGUCUUCGUCGGCUGGACAAUUACGUCCGAAAGACACUACUACCAGAGAUCGACAUCAUCAACGAUCCAAACUUCUCGCCGGAGGAGAAGGAGAAGUUCUUGCUCGAUAAGGAGCAGCGGCUUGACGCUCUCGAAGAGUACAAGAAGGUCGAGAGAGUCAUCGGCAAAAGGAAUGGCGAGGACGGCCUUGAGUACUAUGUCAAGUGGAAAUCAUUAUACUACGAUCAAGCUACGUGGGAAUCGGAAGAACUGGUCAGCAAGGAGGCUCAAGACCAGAUCGACAAGUACCUCGAGAGACUACGCGCUGACUACAGGUCUAACUUGACCGAGUCCAAGGUCGACCAUCGUGCACCCUAUCGGAGAUUCGAAGAGCAACCUUCCUACAUUCAGAAUGGCAAACUUCGAGAAUUCCAGGUCUUCGGCCUCAACUUCCUGGCCUUCAAUUGGAUCAAAGGGGCAAAUGUCGUCCUCGCCGACGAGAUGGGCCUGGGCAAGACGGUGCAGACAGUGUCGUUCUUGAGCUGGCUAAUGCACGAUCGGGGUCAACAAGGGCCAUUCCUUGUUGCUGUCCCAUUGUCCACAAUGCCAGCAUGGGCUGAUACAUUCGAUCAUUGGGCACCUGACAUCAACUAUGUUGUGUACAACGGCAACCAGACGGCUCGAAACAUCAUCAAAGAGUACGAUCUACUGCCCACUGGUCAAACGAGCCAACCUCGCUUUCACGUCCUGCUCACCACAUACGAAUAUGUCCUCACUGACGCAGCAUUCUUGAGCCAGAUCAAGGAAUCUCAGCUAUACGAGAAGCUGUGUGAGUUCAAGGCGCCGGCAAAACUCCUAAUCACAGGCACACCUGUGCAAAACAACCUCGGCGAGCUGUCAUCAUUAUUCGAGUUCCUUCAACCUGGCCUGGUGAACAUCGACGAGAACAUGGAUCUGACGACUGAAGAAGCCUCCGCCAAGAUCGCUAAGCUGACAGAAGACAUCAAACCAUACAUGUUGCGACGGACGAAAAACAAGGUCGAGAAGGAUCUCCCGCCCAAGACCGAGAAGAUCAUCCGCGUCGAAUUGUCUGACAUCCAGCUGGAGUACUACAAGAACAUCCUGACCAAGAAUUACGCCGCUCUGAAUCAGGGCGCGAAAGGUCAGAAGCAAUCCCUGCUCAACAUUAUGAUGGAGCUCAAGAAAGCGAGCAACCAUCCAUUCAUGUUCCCAUCUGCAGAAGAGAGGCUGGUCGCCCACGACGCUCGACGCGACGAGUAUCUACGAGCUCUGAUCACCAGCAGCGGCAAGAUGAUGUUGCUCGAUCAGCUUCUGACAAAAUUGAAGAAAGAUGGCCAUCGUGUGCUGAUCUUCAGUCAGAUGGUAAAGAUGCUUGACAUACUCGGUGACUACAUGGAGAUGCGUGGCCAUGCCUACCAGCGCUUAGAUGGCACGAUUGCUGCUGCACCACGUCGCAUGGCGAUCGAUCACUUUAAUGCACCUGACAGCAGCGACUUUUGUUUUCUAUUGUCAACAAGGGCAGGUGGCUUGGGCAUAAAUCUAAUGACAGCUGACACAGUGAUAAUCUUCGACAGUGACUGGAAUCCUCAGGCAGAUCUCCAAGCCAUGGCACGUGCACACAGAAUUGGGCAGACAAAACCAGUUAGCGUGUAUCGCCUUGUCUCCAAGGAAACAGUUGAAGAAGAGAUUCUGGAAAGGGCCCGCAAUAAGUUGAUGCUUGAAUUUCUCACCAUUCAAAGAGGAGUAACCGACAAAGCAACACAAGAGCGCCGCAACGCGCUUGUUGGUGAGCCCGGAUCUACUUCCGAGAUUUCACGAAUCCUCAAAAAACGCGGCCAACGCAUGUUUGAGCAAACCGACAACCAGAAGAAACUUGAGGAGCUCGACCUCGACUCUGUACUUGAGAAAGCCGAAGACUACAAGACUGAGCAGCCUGACGAGACCGAGGCAGACGGUGGCGAAGAGUUCCUCCGAAGCUUCGACUUUGUUGACAUCAAGGUCGACGAAAUGUCAUGGGACGACAUCAUACCCAAAGAACAGCUCGAGGAAAUCAAGAAAGAGGAAGAGCGCAAAGCCAACGAGAAGUAUCUUGCCGACGUCAUCGAGCAGAACAAACCUCGCGACCGCAACGCGCGCAACGCAGUACAGGAAGAACGUUCUGCACGCCAACAACGUCGCGUCGAACAGCGCAACAAUGCGAUCGACUCUGACAGCGAGGAAGAGUCUCCUGGCGCUGAUCCCUCUCGUCCGCUGAGUCCACGCGAGUACCGAUACCUGAUGAAAGGCCAUCUUCGAUACGGCUCCAUCGACGAUCGCACAGAAGAGUUCUUGGCUGAGGCAAGACUUCGCAAUCGCGAUAUGGAAGUGGUGAAAGCUGCUAUGAAAGAAAUCAUCGACAAAGCGGCUGAGCUUUACAAGCAAGAGCAAGAUCGUAUGGCUGAGCUCGUGCGCACGUCGAACAAACCGAUCACGAAGAAGGACAAGAAGGCUGUGCUCUUUGAGCUGCAUGGCGUCAAACGAAUCAAUGCAGAGACUAUACUCGAUCGACCUGGCGAGAUGCGACUACUCCGCGAUGUGGUCCCUGCCGACAGGGAGAAGCAGCUGUCCUUCCGCGUGUCUGAGGCUACCAAGGCCGCAGGAUAUACCUGUGACUGGGGUGCUCGAGAGGACGGCAUGCUUUGUGUCGGCAUCCUUCGUCACGGCUAUGGCGCAUGGGAGCGAAUUCGCGAUGAUGAAGAGCUCGUCUUGAAAGACAAAUUUUUCCUUGAAGAGCAUCGUGUUGACAAGAAGGCUGAGCGAGAACAUUCCGAGCACAAGAAUGCCAAAUCACCAGGAGCUGUGCACCUAGUCCGCCGAGCUGACUACUUACUGUCUGUACUCAAAAGUCAACACACCGAUGACCCGGAGAUCAAGAAGGCGGUGGAGAAUCAUCAUCGCAACAACAAGAAGCAUGGUCAGCUUUCAGUCGACAUCAAAGCUGAUUCGCCAUCAGUCCCCAUCCGCAAGGACAAGCAUCGCCCGCGCACCAUCAGCUCUGGCCACCGCGACAGUGUUGAGCGCUACAACUCGCCCAAGUCAGAUCCGAGAUACCAUCGCGACAGCGACGUUCGUGAGCGUGACCAUAAGAAGCCCCGCCACCACGGUCCAGAGCACUCUCAUCACCGUGACCGCCACUCUAGCGAUCACCGUCCUUCGCGUCCCGAAUCCAGCAAUGCCAAUGGCAGCGGCCAUCCUCCUCCAAGCCAAGAUCCGAUGAUGACACUUGUCUUCAAACCUGUUCGAAACGACCUCAAGAAGAUCAAGGCCGCGACAAAGAGUGCCAUACCCGAUGCUCCACAACGUGCAGCCGAGCUACGUGUAUUACUCAAAACCAUUGGUCUCUUCAUUUCGGAGCAAAUUGAUGAUGUCGAAGGUGAGCAGGAUCUACGCGCGAUGGAGCGGCGUUUCUGGGACUACGCAGCAACCUACUGGCCGAACAAGGGCAUCCGAGGUGUUGAGCUGCAGAGCCUGCACAAUAAGAUCGUCGCCAGCGACAAAACACUUACUGGAGAAGGGUCUCCCGACGAUAACGGCGAGACCAGCAACGAGAGAAGAGCGAACGGAGGCUCUUACAACACGUCGCCGCCACACCGUGACUAG